UUCGGGAGCGCGUUUAUUCCCGCUGUUUAUCGAUCCAUUCCUCUCGUACGCUCUCUCUCUCUCUCUCUCUCUGUCCUGCGACAGAGACGCAACGCGCGCUGCAAAUCGUUCCCGACGGUUCCCGCAGCAAUAGAAAGCACGCCAGACCGUUUAUUAUUCCCAAAGCGAGCGCGUCAGUCGCAGGGCGACUAGUGUUUGUAGUGCGUUUUGUCCAUUGUUUUUUAUGUUGUGUGCAACAUACAAAGUGGAAAUAAGGCAAUAGCUUUAGCCAUCGAACUGAAAAAAACAUUUUAUAGUGUGCUUUUAGUGCAGUAAUUGUCGAUCGUGCCUAACUACACGCGUAGUAGGCGUCGUGCUCUGGUUUCUGUGUGUCGUAACCAAGCAGCACCCAGCGUGUCUAGUCAUAGUAUUUAUUGUGUGUUGCUGCUACUACUACUAACACCAUCGGAAAAAGGGAUCGAAGGACCGUUUGCGUAGUGAGAAACGGCCAGCAGCGAGCUUAUGGAGCACGGAAAACCACGCGGUCCAGCAUCACUUCUGCAUUCAUCGUAAGCCAUUAAUUUGUGGUACGCUCCUAAACCGGGGGGGCUUGGAUCCCGUUGCUUUUCGCUUCGAUUGUAGCUACAUAUGUGUGAGUGAGCGGGUGUGUGCGUAUACAUCAGUAUUUAUUCUUCUUCCCACUUCUUCCUUACGCCGCGUUUGAUGCGUUUUGCUGUCGGUGUUGUUUGUAUGCUUAAAUCCAUUCAGCAUCAUCGUGGUCAUCUUUAGCUGAAAGUUGGUUUUGCUGGUGAUAGCACCAACAGCAUCAGCAGCAUAAGCAGCAUAAGCAGCAGCAGCAGCAAGAAGAACAACUAGAGUAACAGCAGUAAAAGCAACAGCAACAGCAAGUGCCGAUCGGGGGAGUGACGCGCUUUACGCUGACUAAACGGACGGUUCACUUAAAAACACGUCUCAUCUCUUUCCCCCGCAAGCAUCGCUCUCGUUCUCUCCCUCUCCCAGCGCCCGGCGCAUUACGUUGCCUCCGUGUGUUCGCCCCUAGCGCCCUGACAGAUUCCCUUUGUUCUCGGUUUUGCGGGAAGCAGCGUAGCAGUGUGGAAAACAGGAGAACAACAACAACAACGACCACACCGUAGCAGCGGAUCAUCGCAGCAAGCGCGUGGUUUUUGUCGGCUAUAAGUGCGUGCAUUUGGCAGUGUGGCGAACGCAUGCCGUCCUAACUAUACCAAGUCCGAAAACACGCGGUUACACGGCCAUAAGGUGUUGUACGGUUUUGGGUUGUUUCCGUCCUUCUGGGGGGUUUUUCUUUUUGGUGUGUGCCACCCACCAAAUCAUCGGUGGACCAUUCAUCUGGGAGAGGGAGAGAAGCAGAACGGGGAGAGACAAGUAAACUGGUGGUCGAUUCCCGUGGAUACAUCGUGUGCGUGUGUGUCUGCAUGUAGUGUGCCCGUCACGCGGUGCACUUGCAUUUUAUCGAUCCGACCACGGACGGUGUGUGACCAUUAUCAGCAUCUUUGGUGCUGUAAAUAGCCAACGUCGACCUCGUUGCAACCUGGGGCUGCAUUUUAAUCAGUGCAAUCGUGUCUGGCCGAUUUGGUAUACGAAGACGAUACGACGACAACCGGGGGAGGUGGUAAUUCACAGGUGUGAAGAAGGAAACGAAUAAGCAAAAGUCGAAGUCCCUUUUGCAAGAAGUGCUUCCGAUACUGACCGUAUACUCCCUUACCCCUUACCAGCUUCAGCUGCAUAUCGAUGGACGGGCAGCGUGGCCAGUAAAAGAGACAAACAACGGUCGAACGAUCUAGCGUACGAGGUGGGUUUGGUAUUAUUACCGUCCAACCAGGACGGGACACGUGCGCAGGAAAGAGAACGCAGUUCGUGGACGAAUUUACUUACUUACCGAGAGCACCGCGCGAAACUCGCGAUCCGGCGACGACAUCGUUGAGGGCUGCAAAACGCAAUGCGAAUGAAAAGCGCAUCCGUGUGAACAGUAACAACGGCUAGUAAAGUAAGAAGCGAGCCAGCAACCAUGUCGUGUUACAUGUUGCUACUACCAGCACCCGGUCUCUAGUCUAGUUUAAUGUCACACGCUCUACAGCCUCCUAGCGGUUUGAAGCGCCACGAGUGGAGCUUUGCAUUUUGCACUUUCUUUUAGAAGCCCGUUCAGAUACCGAAAUGUGCGGAUGAGCUGUCGUAAGAAGUCCUGCCACCAUCUAUACCAUACCCAAACGCCUUGCCAAAUUAGUGUGCUUGCACAUUACCUGUUUCUGUGUUUGCUGCGUUUCUCCGCUUUGCGCUUCACCAAACGUUCGAUUCGGUGGAAAAACGUCAUCCGUAGCAGUGGAAAAGCGGAAACAGAAACCACGCGCUCGUGUUACACCGGAAGUGAUUGACCGAGCGAGCUGUGAGCGAAAUCUCACCCUUAAUCCAGUUAUUAAACUAUAAAACAGUUCAUCCCGAGCAACAAUAAGAAAAAAACCUCGUGGUCGCCUAGGAAACAGAAAAACAAAGGAACAAGCAUCCUCCUGUUUGUGCAUCGAAGUAAUCACAAUACCUGCCCAUGAUGGCGUUGUGAAAGUGUCGUGCCAAAAAGAAAAACAAAAAAGGGAGAGGAAAACUUUUCGCUUUUCACCCGUGGUGUGCCCGUUGCCACUUUCGAUGGCAUUUCGUUGAACCGUGCGGUGAGCAAAACGGUUGCAGUUUCUUUUUAUGUUGUUGGUGUGUUGUGUUCUCAUCACGCGACACGGAAAAAAGCACAUGGGCUGCUGACGGCAAAUGGCUGCUUGAGUGUAUGCUUUUUUCAUAUCGAACGCGUGUGUGAAAUCGAAGCAGGCAGAUUCCAGGCAGAUACAUGCAAAUUGCCUUCUCCAGCAGCAUCUCGUUACGUUGCAGGGCGCAACGAAGGUAAAAGGGAACGCGGGGUGCAGUUGCAAACUUCCCUCGCUUCGUGUAUUUUUCUCGUUAUGUUACGCUUCAUUCUACUGCAUCAUACUACCACCACCAACUUCACCACUGCGACGCUUCACCAUUGACGUGCAACCAGAGUCAGCUUCUCUCCAUCAGGUCCCGGUUUUUAGAUGCUUCAGGGACGGAGUUGUAGCGCGUAACGAAAAUAAACCCGACAGCGCCCGCGGUAGUCGCGGAUUUGUCGGUGUGACCUUGACGCGCGCGAGUGUCUUGUCUUUCCAUUUUUAUGCACACAACCAAUCGAACAACUUCCAGCGCUGCAUCGCAACCGAUCGCUGGUACCGAAAGUAUUAUAUCCCCGAAUGUGUAGUGCGCACCCGUUCGAUUAAUCAUUCCCCGUCCCGCUCUUGCUGAGGGUGUCGCUGCAUCGUCAUCCCUCCCCACACGCGACCAUCACUUACACAGCCAACCAACCACCCUGCUGCUGCUGCUAGUCAACACAACUGCAUCGCCGAGAUGGUGGGCCACUGCACUCGUGAUUAUUCGCUUCAUCGAUAGCACCACCACCGUGCGUUGUGUACGUACCACCAGCCGCAAGGGGGCCCGAAACCAGUGUACAAAGUGGUUCAUAUGUUAUUUUGCGAUAUAGUCAAACGCGCUCUUCUUGUAGCACAGUAUUUGUUUACCGCACCAACCCCUCUCUUUGCGAACUGUGUGCCUGUGUGUAUAUGUUCGUAAUCAGGCCGCUCCUUCGGUGCAUUCGGAAAACGCACCCCGCACAAACAAUAAAUUACCCUCGCGCGCACACACACAUACGUCGUCGUUUGUCAGAAAGAGGAUGGUCCCAAGAUGAGCGAUAUGUAAUCGAAUCGAACAAACGGCAAUCGGAACGAAAAAGCAUAAUCACCGUUGUGAGCAAGAGUGAAACGGCAACAGCAAAACAAAAACAAACCCAACAACAUAACCAGUCCCCACGCAACACGCGUAACAAAAAAAAAGUCAUAAAAGCAGCAUACCCAGCCGAUCGAAGACGUUGCACACGAACGAGAGAGUACGAGACAGCGUAGUGCAGCAUAUUGUGGUGCGUCAGAGUAAGAAAGAUUGAGAGCGUAAGCAGUGUUGCAGUUUACCUUUCUGCGGCCAGCUGAGCGAAAGCAAACUCAAGCAGCUGAGUGGAACUAUUUAUUUUCACACACACACACCGACACACAUACAGCGGAGAGGGAAGGGAAGAUAGUAUUACAGCAUCGGUGCAUCGUGGUCGGUGCAAAUAAGUGACAACCGUCCGCCGAAAGGUGGUUCGAAGGAUCCGCGAUCGUUGCUUUUCCUUUCCACUGGUACUGGCCGGUUAAGCAGUCAAGCAGUAGUACCACCCCCAAAAACAAGACCCCCCCUCCCCACAUCUCAAGGACGGCAGUUCAAGCGGAAAAAGUAAAACAAAACAGUCGGAGCUUACCGUCCGUCAUCAACAUCAUCACAUCACUUGUCGCCUACAAAGCGGAGAACCAGACACACACUUAAAAAACGCAUCGUAACCCCAACACACUGGUGCAGGCGCUGCAAAGGAAAACGGCAAGGAACAUAAAAACGGUGGAAAAAGAAGGCACAAAACUGCAACAACAAAAAUAAAGAACGUGCUAAAACCACCCCCAAUUACCACCCAUCGCACCUGGUACACGUAUUUAUAUGCGUGUGCGUGUGUGCGUGUGUGUGUGUGCGUACGCUCUUCUUGUGAUAUUAUAACAUUCGCACAAUUCUUUGGCACCACACCACAUAUUCUUAGCUGUGUGUGAAGAAAAAAGGGCAACCACACGCGGUUGUGUUCAGUUUAAAAGUACAAAGUAAAAAAAAACAAAAACACACACUCGCCAUCUUUAAACAACGGCAAAACAACAAAUAUACCCACUAAAGAGGCUCGUGAAUUUAAGUAGUAGAGAAAGUAGACGGCAAGUGCAAAGCAACGCAAAAAAAACGGCCAGUACACUGGUGGUAAUAGUAGUAGUAGUAGUAGUAGCGGGAAAACGUAAACCGGACAGAGUAGGUCGCAAACGGCGGAUCGUUAUUUGUGCGUCGAUUCGUACCUUAGCGCACCACGGUUACGGUUGCAAUUUCGAGCGCAAUAUGGAUAGCGUGCAGCAACAACGCCAAUCGCGUACGGAUUGCGAUGAAGAAGAGGAUGAUCAUGACGUCGAGAUGCAACUGGCCGAAAGUCCGGAACCGAAGGUAGCAAAGAAACGUCUAACAGCGACGGUGGGCGAGCAGGACACUGCAGUUGUCUCUCCGAAGAUGGAAGCCGUAUCGAACAACGAAGGGAUGCAGAAGCAGCAAUUUUGGGAUCGGUACGAGAUGCACGGUGUGAUCGAUAAGGGUACAUUCAGUACGGUUUCGCUGGCAACGUUACGUACCGAGCAGCAUCUAGCGCUCGACAAGCGUGCCAAGUUUGCGAUCAAGCUGAUCACACCGACGAGCCAUCCGUCACGGAUCGCGCGUGAGAUUCUCUGCAUGAAGAAGAUAGGCGGCCAGUGCAAUGUGGUCGGACUCGUCGAUGGCUUCCGGUUCAAGGAUUCCGGUUCGGUAGGGCUCGUGAUGAAGUACAUUCCGCAGGAACCGUUCCAUCUGUACUUUGCGCAGCUAACGCCGGCCGACGUGCAGCGCUACCUGCAGCAGCUGCUGAUCGCCCUCGAUCGGGUGCAUCUGCACGGGGUAAUUCAUCGGGACGUGAAGCCGAGCAACUUCCUGCAUAGUCCACGCAAUGGCCGUGACAGCUACGUUCUGGUGGACUUUGGUCUUGCGCAGGAAACGGAUAAAGGUGUGCUAUCACUGCGCACACCUGACCAGCCCUGCAAGACGGAAGGCAAACGUGAGGAUCAGGUGGUACCGCAACAUCAAGAUACCGUCCUGGUGCGCAACCCGCUGAAGCGACAGGUUAGCAACAAUGCCACCCACCCGUUAAAGCUCUCGAAUAGUACGACGAAGGAUCUCGGUGAUGCUCCGGCCGGGCGGCAAAUUAAACCGGCCGCCGGUACCAUCGGCACUGAUGCCAUCAAGCAUCGCCGUCCGGUGGCGGUACUGGAAAAUCGAUCACCCAUGGCAAAGUAUCUCAAAUUGGGUGGCAAUAAUGUGGCCCCACGGCAAGCUACGGAUCUGCCGACGUGCAGUUGUGCCGGUCGACCACAGGUCUGCAAUCUAUGCUUGGUGAAGUCGGAAAUGAAUGCACCACGGGCCGGUACACCGGGUUACCGGCCACCGGAAGUGUUGCUUAAGUAUCCAAACCAAACGACGGCCGUCGAUAUCUGGGCAGCUGGUGUUAUCUUCCUGAGCCUGUUGAGCAAGUUGUACCCCUUUUUCACCAACGUGGACGAUUUGACUGCGCUGGCCCAAAUCAUUGAGGUGUUCGGUUACGAGCGUAUAAAGGAAACAGCCCGCGUGCUGGAACGGUCGCUACACUGCAAUUCGGAAACGUUGGAAAAACAGCCGUACAGUUUGCGUCGCCUUUGUCAGCACUUCCGUGCCAUCCAUCAUGGGCGCGAGCUGAGUUCGGAGACGAACGGUGGCGAGCCGGGUGCGCCCGCCGGUGGUUCUAGUCCACCAUCCGGACGGGAUGAGGAAAACUGUUGCUGCGACAACUGUUGCAAGCCACCGGAUAGCUGCCUGUGCCAGCGGCGCCGAAGUUUGGCCGAUGAUGGUGACGGCCGUACGAGGGAUACGGAGUGCGAUGAGUACGGUCCGGAUGCAUACGAUCUGCUGGAAAGAUUGCUCGAAACAAACCCGCACCGGCGUAUUACCGCGUCCGAGGCACUGCAGCAUCCCUACUUUCAGGUCCAGUACUGAGAUCCGCAAAUGUUACUGUUCGUGGAACCGUGGGAGUUUGGUAUCGGAACGCGCGGAUAAUGCUCUUAAACAUCGCACCGUCACGCACCACAUUUCACCAGCACCACCGGUACAAACUACAAUUAUGAGUAUGGAAACGAAGUUUUGCGGCCAGUGGCGUCAAUUAAAGCCAGUAUAUAUAGGAAAUCACAGAGAGAUAGAGAGAGAGUGAGUGAGAGAGGGAAAACAAAAAAAAAAUAAGAGAUUCAGAGCGAUGGAAGAAUGAAUGGGCAUAAGUGAGUUAAAGAUUAUCUUUGCAUAGUACAUUACUUCUUUAAGUUACCACCGAAUAGAUAACACAUGCUCUUGUUGCCACACGUUCGUUCUCACCGUACAUCUCAACCAUCGAUCACCAAAAAUUCGCCUGACGAAUGCCGUACACACUUACCAUUAAUACACGCCAACGAACACAGAGACCGAAAGCGGUGUACAGUACAGGGCCAGUAUGUAACACCCGUCCGCAACAAAGCAAAACAAGGACAAGUGCGCCCUACAUUCCUUUUUCGUCCUUGUACACCAGCCCGAAGGCUGCUUUAAAUGGGGCAUUUUUUUUUUAGAAAAGACGGGAAAUCAGCAAACAAAAACAAAACAAAAAACGAAGUUAAAGCAAGAGAGCAUUUAAAGCAAAAACCCACACAAUAUCAUACAGACAAGCGAACAAACAAGAUCACAAGCAGGGAACAACCCCCCAUAUGUACGCAAGCGAGAGAAGCUCUAGCAAAAAUAGCAGAAAAGGUGUAAUGCUAAGAAGGAAGGUUAAUAUUAACGCUCCAGUUAGUUAUGCUAUUUGCCAUUUAUUUGUUGUCAGCCGGGGUCACACCGAAGAAGUUCCUCCAACACGCUUUUUUACGGCUUGAUGAGCUCUCUCUCUCUACUACCGGGUGAGGAGGAACACAACCGAAUUGUCCAUCGACAAAAAAGCAGGACAAAAGGCAGGUAGACAGGCAGGGUUUUUUUUACGUUUGUUAAAUUUUGUUUUCAUUACCUUAUUUAUAUUAAUUGUACCUUUUGUUUGCUCUUGUUCUUAAGGCAAAAGUCUGUUUAGGAAACAAUAUUCUAGUUGGCGCGCAAGCGCGCAAAGCUUCCACGGCGAAGCUUAUUUAUUUAUUUUCCUUUUGUUUUAAUCUUUAUUUCGAUAAAAGGGACACGCGUCUUCUAUCGUAGCUUCACAACGAACGUGCUCUAUAGUGUAAAUAGUGUGUUCGAUUUGGAAGGUGGGUAAGGAAGCGUUUAAGCCGCCCCACCCCCCCGUCAGCUGUAGGACCGUGUUGAGCCGUAAUUUUUAAUCUAUUUAUUAAAUUAUUAUCACAAAACUAUUCGAGUGAAAGGUAUUUUUGUUUGUUUUGUUUAGGGUUUGUUGUACGGGAUGCAAGCAAUUGUAAGCGUUUCGUAUUCUCACGUUUUAAUUUGUUGCCACAUUGUUUGUUCCAUUUCUCUAGUAUUCAAGAUUCCAUUGCUUGGACCCAUGGAAAGUGUGUCUAGCAUAAAGCAUAACGAUUGUGGGCGCAUUUGUGAAGGUCAAACACAACAGCAGUAUAAUUGUAGUGUAUAGGGAAGAAGGGAUGAGAUUUCGUACAAGGGGGCGCGCUAUGGAAAAAAAAGGAAAGCGGAAAACCGUUACUGUUAAGGGAGAUAUCCUUUUCGAGGUGUCAUUAGCGCCAUGGUGGUCGUAAUACAAAAAAGCAUAAAAACAAAAAAAAAUGAAAAAAAGAAGUACAACAUUAAACCAAUGGGGGGGAUACAAUUAAAAAAAAAUCAAAACAUACAUAAAAAACAAAACGAAGAAAGUAAAAAAAACAACAAACAAACCAAUAACAUAAAUACACACACACACAAUCAGUGUAGCUAAAUGGGGAAAUGGGAAGAGAAUCGCAACAUCAUCAACGUAGAAUUAACGUUGUGGUUGAGAUGUAGUAUCUUUAUGGAUGUAUAUCUAUCUCUAUAUAUAUAGUAUGUGUAUAUUUGUAUAUGUUAUCAUCAUCGUCAGGACAAUACGGCUAGUUUGUCCAUAUUUCGAAAACGAUCUGUCCGCACCGAUGCGUGCACAAGACGCCUAUGGUAGUGAAUUGUACUGUCUUUCUUCCUUGUUUUUUUUUUUAAAUCUUGUUAAAUUCCGUUCGCAUUUGUGCGCAUCUUUGUUAUCAUUCAACCCUCAUCCUUAUAUCCUACUCUAAAACAGGUUGUAAUACUCCGUUGAACAUAUGGUUUUUUCACGCGCUACAGUUUUUCCCUUUUCACGUUUAUGUAAAGCUGUAGCUGUAAAAAAUGUGUCCCUCUUCCUUUACGAAACCCAUCGCUCGAGAGAAACGAUCUCAUCGGUUGUGCAACAAGGUGUAGGGCUGCGUCCAGCAUUCAAUCCGGCCGCACUGAUGCGCCCACGUGGAGAGGGUAAUAAGCAAGUUUAGUGUGAUGCAGAAGAAAAGAAGCAAAGCACUAUUGUUGCAGACGCUAUUGUGUAUUGACACAGAACUGGUAGGAAACGAAACUGGAUUGAUUUAGAUACGAACGGUGUGUGAAGGCUAUAUAGGCAAGAAUAACGCAACCGCCAGACAGGGAAUGUAGGGAAUGUAGCACAAUUUGAGUGUAAUGUAUUUUAAAUCGUAAUACCCGUUGACGUGUAUGAAUGGGCAAGAAAACAUCCCACGUGUAGGUAAAUUAAACGCAAUAUCGUCUGAAAUGAUAAAA